CCGACGUGCCGGCUGCAGGACUUUAUGGUGACCAAUGGAGACCUUCAAUCAUAAGCUGAACACUUAUUUAGAGUCAUGGAUGGGUCCCAGAGAUCAGCGGGUGAGGGGAUGGCUGCUGCUCGACAACUACCCACCGACGUUUGCACUCACAGUCAUGUACCUCCUGAUCGUAUGGAUGGGGCCCAAGUACAUGAAACACAGGCAGCCAUACUCCUGCAGAGGCCUCCUGGUGCUCUACAAUCUGGGCCUCACGCUCUUGUCCUUCUACAUGUUCUAUGAGCUUGUUACGGCUGUGUGGCAUGGCGGCUACAACUUCUACUGCCAGGACACACACAGUGCACAAGAAGUAGAUAAUAAGAUCAUAAACGUCCUGUGGUGGUACUACUUCUCCAAGCUCAUCGAGUUCAUGGACACAUUUUUCUUCAUACUACGAAAAAAUAACCACCAGAUCACCUUUCUGCACAUCUACCACCACGCCAGCAUGCUGAACAUCUGGUGGUUCGUUAUGAACUGGGUGCCCUGUGGCCAUUCGUACUUCGGUGCCUCCCUAAACAGCUUCGUCCACGUCGUGAUGUAUUCUUACUACGGCCUCUCAGCCGUUCCUGCCAUCCGGCCGUACCUUUGGUGGAAGAAGUACAUCACACAGUUUCAGCUGAUCCAGUUCUUUUUAACCAUGUCCCAGACAAUGUGUGCAGUCGUGUGGCCGUGUGGUUUCCCAAUGGGAUGGCUGUAUUUCCAAAUAAGUUACAUGGUCACGCUCAUUAUCCUUUUCUCAAACUUCUACAUUCAGACUUACAAGAAGCACAGCGGUUCUCUAAAAAAGGAGCACCAGAACGGCUCCACCGCGUCGACAAACGGACACGCGAACGGGACGCCAUCGAUGGAUCGCACCGCAGCCAAGAAACUGAGGGUGGAUUGACAUUUGAGAAAGCCGUCGCCCAACUCACACUGUAGCGUGUUAGCCAAUGCUGCUAGGAGGUGUAUGUAUCUUCUUAUCUAGAAUAGUCUAGCACUCACUUCAGACGAAAUAAGCCAUAGCCUCAUGUAUCCAGAGACUUUCCAUGUUUUUGCACACAUUACUACUCAUGGUACUGAAUUAUGAAAUUAAUAGAAUUAAAGGAGAUAAGUAUUGUAGUAUGGUUGACACUGUACAGUAUUGCCUUCCCCACCCUCUAGAGAUAAUCUAAAGCAAAAAUCUCUUUCUUGUUACCAGCAAACAAACAAAAAAAAACACAUCGAGACUCGUGCAGUGAUGGAAGGUCCAAGGUUUGCUCACACUAGAUGACGUCAACCUAAGGGACAGUUAAGGAACACACUGCUCUCUACUUAAUGUGUAACUAGAGUACGCAUCUUGUGUAUUGCUUUAUGCCGCUCCACCCUGUGCGGUUGCAUAAUCCAAAAAUUUUGCUCUCUGCAAUGCUGUAAUUCAUUUUCAUUGACAAAGUGUAACGGCUGAAAUGACAUUUUGCAGAUAUAUUUGCAGAGCAGGGACUCCAGGGUUGGAAUAUUUAGCCAUCUGAACAAAGCAUAACCAAAGCAUAGCGCGCCGCAAAUGCUCGGAUUCAUAUGAAAAAAAACAGUUUUAAGACAGUGUGAAAGGACAGCUGCUGUGUUUCAUAAGCACAAUAUAAAGUCAGUUCUCCUUAACAACAGUGUGACAGAAAUCUCCUUUCACACUGUGUUAUGUCUAUUGUAGCUUUUAGGACAUGAAAUGUAUUUAUUUUAAUCUAAUAAGGCCAUGCCCGUUAGGUCUGCAGUGCAGCUGCUUAUUGGUAACUAAUAGGUAUUAAAUUUAUCAAGUGAAUAUAAUCAUAUUGUAUGAUUCAGUGCUAAUACUUUAUAUUCAGAUAAACUUUAGUAUGUAGUUAAGAAUGAGAGCUCACUAUUGACCUGUUAAAAUAAAGCAGUCUUACCACAAGGUUCAUUUAGUAGAUCAGAUAGGACUUUUGAUCAACACAUGGUCUUUAACAAAUGGUUUUUGCUCAGUAGUAUAUAAUAGAAAAUAUAGAAAUGGAAACAUCUCUAACUCAUUGACAGCUUGGUAAAACCCCAUCACUGAGGACAUCAUGUGAAACAAACAAAUACUACACUUUAUUUAGUCUUUACAUUAAUAGGGUGCCUUCUGAACCGGCUGAUUUGGUUUUAAUGUAGCAGUUUUCAUCUUUUCAGUCGCCUAACGUUGGUCCAUUUAAGACCAACACGUGUCAGACCUCCUGCUCAAAUCCUGUGCCUGAAUCUUUACUUUGUUGAACUCGUCAAAUGUCCUAAAUGAUCAUUUUUAACAAAUGAUACAUGAUAAUGAAUUUAUAGUGUAUUAGAUUAGCAUAAAGGCUGGAAACAGGGAAAUAGAUUGAAGUCUGCGUUCAAAGGUAAUUAAAUCCGCCUACACUGCUCGCUUGAGAUCUUAAUGCAAGUUGUUUCCCAGUGUUUCUAGUCUUUAUGCUCGGCUGCAGCUUCAUAUUUAGCUUAUUGACAUGAGCAAGGCAGCAAACUAGUUUGUUCAUAUGCUGAAGUAUUCCGUAGACAUUUUCCAAGAAUUGUUUUUGAUGGACGAAACAGGUUAUAAUGAAACUAUUUAUUUCUUUGUGUUCAUUAUUAUGUUAUUGUUCUUGUUACCUAGACUGCUGCCAGGGCCAUACACAGGGAAUGCUGCACUGCUCUAAUGCGCUGAUUUAAUUUAAUGUUGUUAAAAUGUAUAGAUGAACAGCAGUCACGCUCACUGCAACAGACAUAAAAAUCAACAUUUUCUCUGCUCAAUGAAUCGGGUCUACAGAUAAUUACACAAACCUGGUUAACAUACAGGAACCACUCAGUAGUUUUGUGUGUGUGUGUUUUUCUUUUCUUUUUUUUUUUUAAGUUUAUUUCCAGCUACAUACCUGCUGCAGUUCAUCCUUUGUACAAGGUGGAAGCGCUGAAGGUUUAUAUAUUUAAGAGUAGGAUUAAUUUUCUCCCCAACUGAUAAAGGUCAAAGGAGCAUACAGCGAUGUGAUGAGAUACAAAUUUUCUAAACUGUUAUAAUGUAUAAAUAUAUUUUCUGAAAUAUGGGGAGAGUCUGGGUUAACGUGUUGCGACUCAUGCUUUACUCACUGUAACACAUUAAAGACAAACUCAGAUUGUAAACAUA